AUGGUACCCAGCACCGGUGCUUCUCCAUGCGAAUCGAGGGUCAUGCUGAGUCUUGUCACUCCUACCAACCUUAUACCUUCUCGGUCUGAAGGACUACCUGAAACGAGUGUGGUUUACAAUUGCAGCUACUGCAAGAGAGCCUUCUCUAGCUCUCAAGCCUUGGGGGGACACCAAAAUGCACACAAACAAGAACGUGCAUUAGCCAAAAGGGCGCAACGGAUUGGACCGAGUGAUUUUCUCCGUCCGAUCUUUCCCUAUUACCCUUAUUCGUCCUUCUCUUCGAACCCUUUUCUUGGAUCUUUGAAUAGAUCAUCUUUUGGAGUUAGACAUGAAUCCAUGAUCCAUAAACCAUUUUAUCCAUGGAUGCCAUACAGAUCGGGCGGAUAUCAUUUCGGUCAAGGUUACCCUAGGCCAGCCAUGAUGAACCAUCCUCAGCUGACCUCCAACGGAAGAUUUGGCAUCAACAAUGGCGGAUUUGCAGUUCCGGUGCCUUCGAGCUCUUCGAGAAUCAACGGAAUCAAUUCUGUUGCAAGCUUUGGUAACAAUUCUCAAGUAAAUGUUGCAGUGAAUAAGCCGGUAGCAGGAAGUGAUGAGAACAAAGAUAGUUCAGGAAUCGAUUUGAACCUUAAGCUUUAA